AUGCGGAUUGAGUUAAUAGUGCUUAUCAUAUUCCCUUUCGUAUCAGGCCGCUUUGAAUAUGAGGAGAUUUGGAAUUCUUCUUUCAUUGAGGCAGUUCCUUGUGAAGCCAAUCCAAUUAAUGGUGCUUGGUGUGAAUGGGGUGAAUGGGGACUUUGUGAUUUCUCAACUUGCACUCGGAAAAGGGUGCGUACUUGCGCUUGUCCCAAACCCGAAAAUUUGACAGGAGGUCUCUGCCCUACCGAACUUCCACAAGAUGAUAUCCUCGUUGGAGAUACUCUUACAACGCACUCUCGAUUUGCUAGAAUGACUGAAAAAGGCAAUUGCAAGAUUCCCUUCUUUCAUAAUAAUCGAUACUAUAAUGAUUGUUCUAUAAUUGAUGGAAAGGAACAAUGUCCAGUUGGACCCGAGUCCAAGUUGGAAAUUUGCUUGGAGGAAAAAGGUGAUAUGGAAGAAAGAGAUAUUGGGGCUUGUGAUGGCUGGAAAAUCGCUCAAGGCUGGGCUCAAACCAAAGUACCGGAAAAGUAUAUAUUAGAGAUACGAUCCAUAUCUGAGCUGGGAAAACAGUGUCACAAUAAAAAGCUCUAUACAAUUGGUGCCGGUUUGCUUAGUCCCUGUAUUGAAAGGUACUACUUCUCCAAAUCUGGUCAGCGAAAUACCUACUCGAAUUUAAAUAAUAUGGCCUUCAAUUUGGAAAACUGCAAGUUUGCAUGUGCUAUUGACCCAGAGUGUCAGGCCGUUGAAUUCGCCGAGGGUUAUUUCUGCAAACUCUUCAUGAAAUUCAAUAGUGAUGAUCUGAAACGUGAAAUUGGUACGCUUUUGCUUGCAAAACCGUCUAAUUGCAUAUUCUACCUCAACAAGAAACAGGAAGCCAAAUAUCCUUUUCGGAUGGCAGUCAAGGAUAUACAUUCGCUUUAUAAUAAAGUUUAA